CCGUGACCGACAUGUGGCUGAGAUUGUGAGUCUGGCCGAGGCUACCGGUGGAAAAAAAGUUGUGCUGGAUGUGAGGCUUUUCUCUUUUAAUCACAAGUUGUGUAGUUACACGCUCUUUCGCUGUUCAGUCGACUGAUAAGCCCUUCACAAAAGUUUUCUGAAGUUAACGUUAGCUUUUAGGGAAGUUACGGUCAAAGUUUUAGCGGCGGCUUUGGCCCGAAAACGUCGACGACAAACUUUGAACGACACAACACGAACACAGCCUGUACAGCUCGUUUUCAUUUGUUUUAAUUUACAGGUGUUGUGAACACAGUUGAAAAGAAUGAAGUUCUGGGUUUUAGUAACAUUAAAGGCAGCAAGUUACCAAGCUCUUGGUCACCGUCGCCAGACAUUUGACUGACAAAAAGUAGCUUAAUCGGUGCCUAUAAGCUCCCCAAGUCUUCUUAUAUUUUUUUCCCAUUUUGGAAAAUUAGUACGCCGAAGUAGCUAUUAGCAGUUCCUGUUUGCAGCGUGCUCAUGGAUGUACAGAUGAAUGGUGAAACAGGCCCAGUGGAGUCGAGAGAGAGAACAAAAGGUCUCACAAAUACUGUGUGAUGGAUGUGGAUGUCCUGGAGGAACCAGAGUUAGAUACUGAGGAACAUGGCACCAAGAGGCCUCACAAGGAACCAGUAGGCUCCCUCAGCAAGACGAGACAACAGUCUGUAAUCUCCUUAAGCACAGGUAGUAGUGGAACUGAGCCUUAUGGAGCAUCGUACUCAGGCUUCCCGCCUGUCUAUCCAGUCUUUAUGUCACACAACAGAUGGGGAGAGAGAGGAGGAGGAGAAGAGGAUAUCCAAGACAACCUGUUGCAUUCGUCUUGCACAGCAGGGGGCAGCAUUGAUCAGGCAAGUCCAACCUCUGUGAUAGAGUACUCAGUAUAUCUACACGAUCAGCACAAAAUAGCAGACUGUACCAGGACCAGACCUGUCACCCCUCCUGUCAGUCCAGUAACCCACAGGCCUUGUCCAUUCAUACCUGUUCCUAAUUCAGUGACAACCAUUGGUACCACAGUUAGCCCCUUUGUUAAUCCGGUGAUAUCUAGCACCAUGACUGACACCUGUAGUCCCUUUAGUUCCAUGAGCAGCACCACUGGUUUAGCCUGGGACACUCUCAGAUCCACAUCCAAGAGUCCUGGCUGCUCUGAUAGGGAUCCUGUCAGUGCUGCAGCUCACCUGCACCUCCUGGGGGAGUCUUUGUCCCUGAUUGGACGCCAUCUUCAGGAGACAGAUAAAAUGGUGUGCAUGUCCAGUGGCUUGUCUCUGCUCUUGGACUCUCUGCUGUGCGCCCUGGCUCCUUUAAUCUGCCUCACCAUGCAGAUACCAGAGCUGAGAAGCUGCACACAACACACACUGGCCUCCACUCUGGAAAACAUUGCUUAUGUGAUGCCGGGGCUGUGAGUAAUGAUGAAGACCCCACUGGCCGUACAUAGCCUCCUCUGAUAUGCUGAAACACACUUUAGGUUCGUUUACAUAUAGAAAGAAUCCGUAGAAUAUAAGACUUCUUUUUUUGUUCAAAAAGAGCUUUUCUUCGCACUUUAUUUUUGUGUUAAUUUGAGGUAUGGAAAUUUACUUGAAUGUGUCGGUUUGUGUUAAUUAAAAGAUGUAUUUCAGCUCUGAAAUAUGCAACUUUUCUUCAUUAGAACAGUGGCACAGACAUCUUGUGUCUGUCAUUGUCAUUGACAAGAUCUUCCAAUAAGUCAGUCGUAAUUUAUACCAGUGAAAGUUUUUUUUUGUAUGUGUUUGUGCACCUACAGCUUACCUACACCUACAGAGUGAUUUCCUUUGAUUUGUUAUAAAUUACUCAUUGACCCCUGGUUCAUACUGUAAAUCAUUACUUAUGAAAUGUAACCAUAAGCCAUAUUUUAGUAAUCAUGUCUAUUAUCUGUCUGUAAUUGCUUGAAUUGUCACUAAAUUCAGCUCAUGUGAUUUAAAGAGAUUUUAUAGAUAAUGCAAAAAUC